AUGGAAGGAUAUUUGAGCUACAGGUUCAAUGUAUUGCCUGGUCCUGAAACUUGUCAGAAGCGGUUAAAGAUUUCUAUGGAUGUCGAGCAUGCAAAAUGCUGCGUUUACUUGAAUAUAUGGCAUGAUGUUGCUACCAUUGCUCCUUGCUUCCUUAAUUUCUGCAACGGAUGCUUGUCUGAGUGGUUAAAGAGAUACAAUUCUUCACUAAAACGCUCCAACAAUGAAGUGGCAACUUUAGACUCUUACGCAACAAUACAAUCCAAUCUUGUUGUAAACUCUGGAAAACAUCUUCGUGGAAAAAGGGCUCGCUCCCAGUUGGAUGAAGAAGCUGAUAAUGCGUCAAAUCCAUGCCCUCAAUGUGGUACUGAUCGCGAGAAUUUUAAACCAACCUCAGAACGGACCAUAUCUGGAAUCCCUACUUUAGCGCAUGAAAACAAUCGAUGUGAACAAGUGAUCACUGAGAAGUGUAUUGCGCAGUUGGGGAGAACAUUGCAGGAUGUUAUUGCAGAAUGGCUUGCAAAGUUGAACAACGGAGAAAUUGAUCGAAUGAGGAUGCCCCUGAAUCAUGCUGAGGCGAUAACUUUUGGGACACCUACGUGCAAUUACUGUUAUGAGAAGCUGAUCUCCUUCCUCUUCUGCUGGUUUCGGAUUUAG